AUGGCGACCACGGAUAAGCCUCUCAAGGUCCUGGUCGUGGGCGGCGGUAUCGGCGGCCUUAUGGCUGCCACCGUGCUCCGACACCAGGGCCACGACAUCACAAUCUUUGAGCGCACUCAGCUCGCCCAAGAGACGAGCGCGGCUGUCCACAUCGCGCCAAACGCAUACGGCCUGCUCAAGCGUUUUGGACUCGUGCCCGAGGACAUUGGCGCCAACCCAGUCAAAGGGGUGACGGAAUGGGACGUCCACGGCAACAUCAAGGCCGACAUCGACACCUCCCGAGGGGCAGGUCUGUGGCAGCACCCGUGGGUCCUUACUCAUCGCGUGGGCUUGCACACAGCCCUCCAAGACCUCGCGACCGGCGCCAAAGGGCCCAACAAGCCCGCCAUUCUCAAGACGGGAUGCCGCGUAAUGCAAGUCGACGCCGAGGCCGGCACUAUCACGUUCGAAGAUGGUACCACGGCCUCUGGUGACCUGAUCAUCGGUGCUGACGGCGUCAGCUCCGUCACCCGCAAGGUCGUUGCCGGCGAGCACAUCAAGCCGCGCGGCUCGGGAAAGAGCGCGUUCCGGUUCCUCGUGCCACAUGACAAGAUCCGCGCCGUGCCCGAAGCAGAGCCGUUCACGCGCAGGGAGGGCAUCAUGAAUUUGUGGAUCGGUGGCAACCGGCGCCUCAUCAUGUACCCGUGUAACAGGAACACGAUGAUGAACUUUGUCGCGAUCCACCCGAGCGAGGAGUCGUCCGCCAAGGGCGAGGACUGGAGUCGAGGAGGCAGCAAGGAUGCCCUGCUGGCGACGUACAAAGACUUCCCGCCUGCGGUCCAGGCCCUGCUGAGCCUCGUCGACGGCGAGUCUGUCAAGGCCUGGACACUGUUCGACAUGGAGCGGAUAAAGAACUGGUACAAUGGCAAGGCCGUGCUUCUCGGCGACGCCGCCCACCCAUUCCUGCCACACCAGGGACAAGGAGCGGGAGUCGCCAUGGAAGAUGCCGUCGCCCUGUCGGCUCUCUUGCCAUUAGGCGUCACCCCUGAGGAUAUUCCUGAGCGUCUUGCCCUCUACCAGAAGCUCCGUGAUGAGCGAGCGCACCGGAUUCAGGAGAUCUCGCGAAUGAUGGGCGAGGACAUGGACGAGGAGGCCCGCAAGAACUUUGACAUGUUCAAGUUUACUGCCUACAACUAUGGCCACGACGAGUGGCACAACUCGACCGCAGCCCUCCGCAAGCUCCUCGCCACGCGCAACGGGCCCGUCCACAUGCGCCUGCCCGUCUCCUUUGGUCCCAUGAUCAGCCCACGCCAGAACCCAUACCUCUCUAACCCAUCUGACCCGUCCUCCUCGCCACCACCACCCAAAGUCACAACCACGACCGUCCGCUUCAAGACCUCCGCGACUUACCUCCGCGGCCUGCUCCCCAACAACACAGACUUCUCCUUUGCGGCACCCGGGUCCGUCGCCCAGGCGAGUUUCAUCACCAUCGAGCUCGACAACCUCGCCUGGCUCGGCGGGACGGGGUACAACGUGUUCGGGCUGUACGUGCACGGGGUCAAGUACCAGAAGCCUGGCGUGCCUGGCCCUCCCACCGUGGGCACCUUCCUGCCUGUCCUGUUCGAGUCUGCGGCCGAUCCGAUCACCACGGGACGCGAGGAGCUGGGGAUGCCCAAGGUCUUUGCGGAUGUUGUGGUCACGAGAGAUGGCUCGAGCGUGAGGACGGUAUGUAGCUGGCGUGGACAUAAGUUUGUCGAUGUCAGCGCGUCUGGGCUUCAGCCAUUCGAUCCCUCGGCUGUGCCUCCCCCUGCUGCUGCACCGCUGGCUGUGAACGGUCAUCCGGCAGGUGGUCCUCCUGGCGCGGGUGGCCCUCCUAACGGCGCCAGCAGCAGCGCGGGACCGAACGAGAAGCUGCUGGUGUACCGGUACGUGCCCGCGGUGGGGACGCCCGGGGAGGCCGACGCCGAGUAUCCCGUGGUCAUUGAGAAUGGCAUGGCCGUGGGGCCGCGGGAUAUCAAGACGGCGCUGCGGUCGGGCGAGGCGAGCGUCGCCUUUGACAAGGGCGCCUGGAAGUCGCUGCCGACGCUGCACCACAUUGCCGAGAGGCUGGCGGAGCUGCCAAUCUAUGGUAUCAUCGAGGCCAAGGUGGAGGAGGGCACGGGGGUUGCUGCCUUUGACAAGGUCUCGAGGCUUGGCUGA